AACAUGUACGAUCCGUUAAGGCGUUACUACUCGCCGUCUCUUGAAAUCACCGCCAUCAACGACGACGACGCCGACAACGGGGACGACAACGGUCUCGUCGCGACCUUGCCCGCGAAAGAUCGAUCCGACAACAUGUCGCGGAUUAGAGCAAAACAUCAAUGUCCUAGGGCCGGUCCUGCCAACGUUUCACUAACUAACAGUGCAGUUUAAAUCUUUAAAAGAGAGUGUUACUAAAUCUAUCAUUGUUUAUGGAAGACUAAAAAAAAAAUAUUCAACUAUUUUAACAAGCACUAAAAUUGGAAACUUAAUAACAACGAUAAUAGUAUUCACUAUACAAGUGAUAUUCAAUAGUAUUGUCUAUUAUGGAACAAACAAUAAAUGAUCAAAUUACAAAGUACAAAGACUUUCACGAACAAUGUAAGAAUUAAAGAGAAUUAUUUUGAACAAAAUGCGAAAUUAUACCGCUACUUAAGAUGAGAGUAAAACACUAUUAUUAUGGAAAGUGAUUGUAAUAAAUGGAGAACCUGGACUGCAGUGGACAGAUACGUUUGGAUCGAAAAAAUGAUAGAAGUGAUACUUUUGUAUGCAAUAUAAAGGUUUAACUCGUCUCAGAGAUGGAAUAUUUAAGUCGCUAUCUUAGCGCUAUGAUCCAAAAACGAUUAUAAAAAUCGACAAACCUGUCGAUAGAUUUUAAUAGAUGAAUAAUUAAUAUGAUAUUGGUCUGGAAUGGAAGUCAGCGAGCCUCCGGAUGAGGAGGUCUACCGUCGAAUACUCAAGAUCAACUUUUCUUCAAGCCUUGAGGGUGUUCCCCUUUUUCGAAACAACCUGAGCAUUAUUGAUGAAUCAAGAAAUAUCACUCUAAUCGCCCUUAAGGGCGUUAUAAUGAUCAGCAUCAUCGUCACCGCAUUGUUAGGCAAUGCUUUGGUAAUCGCCAGCGUCAGAAGACAUCGGAAGUUGCGGGUGCCCACCAAUCGCUAUGUAGUUUCCUUAGCAAUGGCGGAUCUUUUAGUGGCAAUAUGCGCCAUGACGUUUAAUGCUUCCGUCGAGCUUUCCGGUGGUAAAUGGCUCCUAGGAAGUAUCAUGUGCGACGUGUGGAAUUCGAUGGACGUUUAUUUCAGUACCGCCAGUAUCCUCCAUCUUUGUUGUAUCAGCGUCGAUAGGUAUUAUGCAAUAGUCAGACCGCUGGAGUACCCAGCCAUUAUGAGGACUGUAACAGUUACUGCCAUGCUGAGUAGUGCUUGGACUCUGCCGGCCCUGAUUAGCUUUAUACCUAUCUUCAUGGGCUGGUACACCACGCAGCAACACCUGGACUUCCGUCGGAAGAAUCCGCAGAUUUGCAUGUUCGUGGUGAACCUCCCAUAUGCGGUGAUCAGUUCCUGUGUGUCCUUUUGGAUUCCGGGUGUCGUGAUGAUCAUCAUGUACUGCAAAAUUUACAAGGAGGCAGUCAGACAGAGAGCGGCCCUCAGUAGGGCGUCCAGCAGCACGGUGUUGAACAACGUUCAUGUACGUCGCUCCUCCGGCGGCUCUAGACAUCAUUCUAGGACGUCGCACCAGCUGCUGCUUCAUCCGAGCGAUGCUAGUGAUUAUGGAAGGCCGCCCUCUUACAGAGCUUCAGCGGCAGAACUUAACAUCGAAAAUGGUACUUCGAUACGACAGCAAACAAAAAGUUGGCGGGCCGAACAUAAAGCUGCGAGAACACUCGGUAUAAUUAUGGGGGCGUUUCUCCUUUGUUGGCUGCCGUUCUUCCUCUGGUAUCUGAUAACAUCAUUGUGCGGCGAAGCCUGUUAUUGCCCGGAUACGGUGGUAUCGGUGCUUUUCUGGAUAGGUUACUUCAACAGCGCCCUAAACCCACUCAUCUAUGCGUAUUUCAACCGCGACUUCCGUGACGCCUUCAAGGAUACCCUAAAGAGCGCCUUGCCCUGCUGCGCCAACUGCUGGAAGACACCCUCGCAAUUCGUGUAGUUCGACACAAUUCCGAAAAAUCCGCCUCCGAAAGGCGAGUUCCAAGUCUCUUUUUUCUCAAUAAAUUUUCAGCCAAAAUCGAGCCGCUUUGUUUCGACGAUUUUUGGACGCCAAUCGACGCUAUUCGCAAUUGACCCUUAAUACUCGAACAUAUUGACUUCACACAUCACUUCUCCGUUAUUCGUAACUUGGUGCGUAGC